GGCGGAAGGAGCCGCUGUUUGCUAGCAGCUAGUGCGGAGGGAAAGUGUACCUCGCGAAGAUGAUCCAGGCCAUUCUGGUUUUCAACAACCACGGGAAGCCGCGGCUGGUCCGCUUCUACCAACAUUUUCCAGAAGAAAUUCAACAGCAGAUUGUUCGAGAGACUUUCCAUCUAGUCCUCAAGCGGGAUGACAAUAUCUGUAACUUCUUGGAGGGUGGAAGUUUGAUUGGUGGCUCUGAUUACAAGCUGAUUUACCGGCAUUAUGCGACCCUCUACUUUGUGUUUUGUGUGGAUUCCUCAGAGAGUGAACUUGGGAUCUUGGACCUCAUCCAGGUUUUUGUGGAGACCCUGGAUAAAUGUUUCGAGAACGUUUGUGAAUUGGAUUUGAUCUUUCAUAUGGACAAGGUGCACUACAUCCUUCAGGAGGUCGUGAUGGGUGGGAUGGUGUUGGAAACAAACAUGAAUGAAAUUGUGGCUCAGAUUGAAGCUCAAAACAGGCUGGAGAAAUCUGAGGGUGGUCUCUCGGCAGCCCCUGCCCGGGCUGUGUCUGCUGUGAAAAACAUCAAUCUGCCUGAGAUUCCUCGGAACAUCAACAUUGGCGAUCUCAAUAUCAAAGUCCCCAACCUGUCCCAGUUUGUCUGA